AUAACUUAACAAAAAAACACUAAAUAAUCAAUUUUUAAAAGUUUAAAGCCAAGUCACUUGACAUAACCUCAACCACAACUAAAACCUAACCUACAAAAAACAUUCAGUGAUUCUCUGACAAUGGGUAAAAAGCGAAAGUGUAAACCGCCAGUAAUCCCCCAGCAAGACAAACGCAUCUGUGGUAGCAUCUGCUUCUGUCAAAUGGUCGUCGUCUUCAGCAGCGUGUCACUCAUCUACCUAACCGUAGCUGUCUACAUUCCCUCGUACAAAGCCUUCCACUCCGGCUACGAAACCACACCCGCCAUGUGCCAGACCAUCAACACCAGCCUCAUCAACAACUGCAGCUGGGCCUCGUGCAGCGAAUGGUGUUUGACGAAAGCGUCCGGUUUCUGUCCGCAAAUCCACGUUACCACAAGACAAAACGGCACUGACCUUGAGCUGAGGAACUGCACACGCUUCACGACAAUUGCCUGCCCGCAGGUGACCACUGAUAAACUCAAGCGGUAUAAUUGUAAUAAUGGUACAGAAUGUGCCACGUUGAGUGGAGUGUUCAAUUGCUCUCUGGGGCACUGUAGGAACUUCUCGGAGAUUUAUCAGUGCCACCAUCGAGCGGACGGAGCUGUCUUGGAUAGUGAUAAGGAUAACACCAAGCUGACGGGGUUUUUUGAGUGUAAAGGAUCACGAUGUGUCAAGAUAAAGAGACACUUCAGCUGCGAUAGAUACUGCCCGGCGAUUAACACCAAUUUUAGUAAUGUUUAUAUUACUCAGGAUGAUUCAGUGCAUACGGUGGUUUGUAGCACUGCGUGGGCGUUUACUGAGAGUAAGGGUAUUGAGCCAAGGGUGGAGAUUGAUGAGAAGAUGAUUUGGGAGGCGAAAUAUGGCGAGGUGCUGAUGAUUUCAUGUCAUCAUUUGAAGCACAAUUCUUCUUCAAUACGAGGUUUUGAUUGUGUCAACGGCACAAUUUACAACACCACCGAGAUUCCGCGACCAUCGAUGAAUUUCACGCAGUUUUGGCGCGUGCGCAACAAGUGGCGACAUCUACUAGACCCCACCCAUCGUUAUGUACCGCCUCAAGCCACGCUCACUAUAUUCAACCACUCGCGGCUGUUUAUUAACCUCGAUGGGUGUGUGAAUACGCUGCGUGGGGAGUGUCGCGAGUUUCUGCAGACGAAUGGACGCGAUGGGCGUAACCAGACCGCCCAGUCAAGGUUUCCAUGUUUUUACAAUAAGAAUAGUUCCGAACGUGUGGUAGCCCGUUAUAAUUUGAAUACAACAUGGCGGCAGUUUGUGAUCGCUGCAACUGUGCCAUCAGUACUCUUCGUUGUUUCUUUCCUCACGCUGUGUAUCAUCAUGCAGUCGGUCAGUGUCGGCGAUGAUACGAAAAUGCGCUGCAAGUACUGCCUGGGUAAUUCGGACGAUCCGGAUUCGUUGACUACGCCUACAGACUCCGGAGGCGGUGCUGCUAACGGAGCAGGCGUGCCAUCACGUCGCGGCGACUUAACCGCCAGUCAUACCUACGAAACGGACAUAAACUUGAUUUUGCACGCGCUGAACGAACAGUAGACGCGAACGCGCAUGCGCCACACAAGUCACACGUCGGCGACGCGCGCCGACUGCCUUCUAGAACGUCAUAUCGUAGAAACAAAACAAACACACAGAAAGAAACGAAUACAAAUACAAAUCAAGAAACAAACUAGAAAAGAAAUGAAUUGCAACUCCUGCGUGUCACGUCAUGUCAUCCAUGUCAUCCGCCAUUUUGUUCUGCGUCCCCAUCCUGCUCCACCCCGUCUCCUAGCCAAGCUAAUUGUUAAGUUAAGUACUAAACAAUAAAUAAUUGUCUGUGACUUAUCGAAUGCCUUAAUAUGUAUAUCUAACAUACAGUGUGUCCGUGCCGUACAUAUAGAAAUGAAUGUGAUAUAUUAUAUUCAUGUCCACCAACAACAAUAUAUCAAUAUCAGCGAGUAAUAAAACAA